UGGACAUGUUUACAACUGCUAAAACCCCUCGUCCCUCCCAGAAAUUUCCCAACCUAACCCUACUUUCUCUUUGUCAUCUAUCCUUCUCUUCUCCGAUCCCCCUCGGCGGUUCCCCUCUCUAAAGUCUAUCGGCGGGGUUUUUGCAGGUGGGGUGUUUUGUGAACUGUAAUGGUGGUGCCAGCACAACUAACAGCUGAGGCUGUAAAUCAGCUUAGGGAAGGUAUUGAUUUGUUGUUGGGACGAUGGAGCGCAUUGCAGAUGGCUAUUCAGAACGAAUGGGGUGGUCGUGAUACUCGUCAAAGAGCUCAACAGCUUGCUGUUGAUAUCUAUCAUUGGCUCAUUCGACCUGCUGAGACAUUAUAUGUGGAUGAUUUGGAGAAUUUACUUGAUGAUUUUAUGCUCUCUCUUAAUACCGAGAUUGAUGAUGGUAGCAUUGAGGAGAUAUCAGAUAAUCUAAUGAUAAUGCAUGAAGAAUGUUUGGAGGGUAACUUUGUCUCAAUUGAACGACUAAGGCAAUCGAUUCCAGCUGCUAAUCAUCGCAUGCAGGUUGUGAAUGGUGAUGAAGAUUCAACAUCAAGUUCAGAGGACGAGUCGAUGGAGACUGCAGAAGAACCUGAUUCAAACAUGUCAGAUUUGACUGUUACUGAUUCGGCACAGACGCCUGCUCCCGCACCAAAGGUAGAUGCAGAUGGCUGGACAAUAGUUUCUUCUAGGAGAAACAGAGGUGGCAAUCACUGACGUUGGGUCAUUUUCUCAAUUAUGUACAACUCAAUUUUGGAAAGGUCAUACAUUAUUUACUAGUAUGUAAUGUUCUUAAGUUUGUUCUUUAUGCGUGACUUCGGUUUUGCAGUGCUGUCUAAACAAAUAGGAGUUCGUUAACAUUUAUGUGCUAUGCAAUCAUUUAUGCCGUUUGGUUUUA